GGGUCCUGGAUGCUCGCGAGAAGACAGAUGCUGAGGCCGUCACCGUGCAGAGAUUCACAUUCACACGGUGAUGCGAGCGAGCCCGACGACAUGGAGACCUUCGUCCAUCUUCACCUCAAUCUGAUCGAUCUUGGGACUCAUGCCAAGAUGUGACGGUCACGACGCAUCACAGAUUGGAUCUGUCCUGUACAACACUUGUUUCUAUAGCAACAGAAAUAUCAGAGAAUCCUAAAAAAGUCACAUUCCCACAAUGCAGUCCUCUAGCUGCUCCUCUCAGCCUCCAAAGCCGCGGCGCUUUGACGUCAGCCGGCGGACCAAUAGCAUAGCUGCAACAAAGUCUCAAGGUCCUGGUUUCCAGAGGGAGGAUAAAAACAUGAACACAAUCACCGCGUCCUCCCCACGCAGACCCACUAAAGUUACCCCUGCGCCCACUAGGACCAGGACCGGAGUGCCGCCUCGAGCGCCAGUAACCCAGUCCAGGUUUGGCCCACAGAAGCAGGGCUCCACCUUCUCCAGACCAGCAAAGCCCAAACCCAAGAGUGCUCGUGCGUCCGUGGCGACCAAGAUGGCGCCAGCAGUCGCUCCGCCUCCGCUCCCCUCUGUUCUCCCCCUCGACCCGAACUGCAACGAGCCGAGCCUGCCGUGUCUGUGCUGCGACGGCCGCUCCCCGCAGGACAACAACAGCAUGUUCAACCACAACCACAACAACAACAACACCAUCUCUAUCAGACAGCAACUGCAGCUACCCCCUCCUCCCGCCCCGCUGCCCCAGAAGCAGGACGGGAAACGGGGCAAGGAGCAGCCUCGGCCUCCCUCCCAAGCGAAGGCUCAACCGGUGGCCUCUGCCCGCCCUGUGGCCGGUCUGAAAAAAGGAGGCCAGAGUGCAGGCGCGAACGCUGAUCUGGACAACAAGAAAAAUGUAAAAGUAGAAGAAGACGACGAGGAGGAGAGCAGUGGGGAUUUUGAUAUUGAUGAUGAGGCCGACAACGAUGACGACGACGACGACGACGAUGACACCCUGGUCCCCUCGUGCUGUGACUGUCCCCCCUCCCUCCUGGAGUUUUCGCUCUCCUGCUCUACCUCGUCGUCCUCCACUUCGAUCAGCUCCUGCUCUGACCUGGAGUCUGACUGUGCGGAUCAAUCCGCCUCCAUCUGCUCUUCUCUCGACCAAGUGGCUCUGUCCCCCAAAGAGCGCUCUCCUCCACGAGGCCCUGAAUGCGAGCCUCCUGCGCGUUCGCCUCCGUCCCUUCCUCUUAGCCGCGAUCCCUUCCUCUUGACAUCCCAUUCCUCAAUCUCCCCUUGCUCCCCAGAUGAGGGUUACCCCUCUGCCCUAGACACCCCUUCUCCUGACUACCUAGGGGUCAAAGGGGAUUCUGAGGUCACCAAACAAGGUCUGCUGGACUUUCUAGAAUCUGUAGGGGAGUUUGGGAAAAUGGAGCGCUUCAGCCAGGUGAUCCAAGUGGCUCGUUGGGAUCUGGAGGGGGAACAACACUGGGAUGUUCUGAGGGACCGGCUCGAUCACCUUGAUCGCUUGGAGAAGGUGAACCGGGAGGUCAAGCUGGCCUACAUCGCCAAACUCCACGAGGAGGGAUUUGAUCUGGGAGAUCUGGAGGAGCAGGAUCUCUCGGACGUCAUGGAUGAAAUGGGCAACAUCGACAUUCCCUGGAAGUUGUAUAAAAGUGUCCGAGGAGCUAUGGGAGACUCUCAGGAGUUUUCUGAUGCAGGGGUUGACCUCACUGCUCCGUCAGAAUGUGAGGAUCCCCUCGUUCUUGAUUCCCUCACCCCCUCUCCCGUCGAGCCGCCGCCCAGGCCCCCCAAACCUCCAGCACGUCACGCCAGCGUGAGCUCUGAUCUCCACACCUACAUCAAUAUCAGUAGGGAGACCACCUCCAUGGCUGUGUCCACUUCUCCUACACUGUCUACUUUCUCGCCCAACUCCUCCUCCCCUACUUUCACCACUUUUAGGUGUGAGAAACCCCUCCUUCAGUCUCCUCCCUCCAUCCCUCCUCUUCCCACCUCAAAACCGCUCCCUUACCUCACCCUUUAUACCACUCCUUCUCCGCCCCCGUCCAUCCCGACCCCGACUCCUCCCAUCCCUCCCCCCCGGAAGCGUCAUCUUGCCAGGAAGGAGGCGCAGCGGCUCGCUGCUCUCCAAACCGAACAGGAAAAGACCCCCUUUUCCCUUCCUCCUCCUACCACACGUCCCCCACCUCUACCUCCUCCACCAGUUAUCUCUAUCUCUUCCUCCUCUCCCUGUGCCAUACCAACUCCUCCUGCGCUGCCUCCUCCCCCCUCCUUCCAUGCACUGGAUGUAGAGAUUCGGAAGCUAUUGAUGCUUGCCGGACUGACCCAAGCUGAGCUCCUCAAACUCAGCCCAGAACUUGGUGUUUGUGUUGGAGGAUUAGAGGAUGAGGUCGGUGGAGACCACGUUACCUCGUCCAUGUCCGGCGACCUAGCUGAUUUCAGACUAAAAGAUCAGAAUGAGAUGAAGGAACGUGGCACCGAGUUUAUGGCCAGAGACAGAUGGAGAAGCAGAGACGAGACGGAUGGAGAUCGAAUAGCAGAAAUAGCUCAAGAAUGCAAAAUGAACGAGGAGAGCUCACAAAGAACCACCUCGUUCACCGAGCUGGCAAGGAGAAGGAAGAGGACCUGCGACCCUUACUACAGCUGUGGUUUGAGCAAUACACAGGAAACUAAGAAUAUGAGCUUUGAUUCUUUCAGGUAUCCUGCAGAAUCACUAGAUUCUCCUCCCCCUCCUCCUCCUCGCCCCUUACCCCCGAUCCCCCCAUCGGUGCCGCACCACAAAGUCAGUACUCUCCAGGCCAACUCGGCACAGCCCGAGCGAUUUGAUUGGCUCAUAGCGUUCACACCUGACAACACUGAAGCCCACCCAAAGCAUCCACCGCUGUCAGUGAGAAAAUCUCACGUUGAAAAUCAAAAGAAGCUCAGUUCUACUGGGUCAUCUCCAGGGUCAGCGCCAAAAGUCACAACUUUUAAAGAGCUGCGACACCGCAACAAGAGCAACUUCCUCCAAACAAAGGUGAUCACCGAUCCGGACCCCGACCCGACAGUCAUUACUCCCGAUGCAGACAUACUGUACAACCUGAGGUGGAGGCGAGAGAUGGCAGGCGGCGACGGAAACCAAUGGGAGUACACCUCUCAGGCUCAGGCCUUCUUCAUGCAGCCGCCACCGGCCCUCACCUCGAUGGCCGCUUUAAAGGAAAUGCUCCAGAGGGCCGAUGAGGAGGGGAGACAACCGGAGCUGUGCCCGUCACAGAAGAUGGGCUGCUCGGCCAGUGACGGCAGCCUGUGGACCAUCGGCAGAGAGUGGGAGGGUGAAGACGUUAAGAGGGAACAAAAGGGGGAGAAGGAAGAAAAAGAUGGGGAGGAAAAGGUGGAGGUGAGAGGACGGGCCGAUGGAGGAGGGACCUUUGAAACAAGAACUUCAGCAGUUUCCUCCCCGCCCCUGUCCCUCGUCCGGUCCUCCCAACCCUAUUUCCUGCACACUGCCCUCCCUCCCUUUCGUCCGGGCUACUGUAACUCCCAGCCCUUUGCCGAUCCCAGGCCCCACAGCCAUGCAGGCAGGGAGUCCUCAGGCAAACACCGCAACCCACAGUGGGCCCCCGUCACUGGCUCGGCUUGUGCCCGCGCAGAUGACUCCAGCACCGAUAUAAACUCUGCCUUUGACUAUGAGCCUCCGGACGCCUUGGGUGCGGACUCCCCUUGUGAUUAUGGGAAGAUCUUUAACCCACGCGGGGGCCUUGCAGCGGACUCCGUCUGUCAUUUUGACUCGCUGUACUGCAGUGACUCGGCAACUAAGUGCGACGCGCCUGUCGCUGGCGGGGCCGCGGCGGCUCCCGUUUGCACGACCCCUUAUAAGAACGUAGAUGUCAUGAUGACGCAUCCGAGCGCCGUCAGUGCUUCGGGCUCACUUUAUUCAGAGAAGCCCAGCAACAAGGCCAGGACAUCAAAGGAGCUUCCUCCUCUUCCCACGUAUUACUUGUACCACCCGAAAAACUGCCCGCUGCACAGGGGCGCCCCUCCUCGCCUCUCUCCUAUCGGCGCCCUCUCUCCUCCCCUGCGCUCCGGCGCGCUCCCUCCCGGCGUCUCGGGCUCCGGCCUCAGCUCCCCGCUUUUCCCCCGCUCACACACCUUGCCUGCCCUCGCUGCUCCCCUUUACUAUCCGAACCUCUACCCUCCCGUACCGCCAAGAGCGCCUGCCCUGCCCCCAAAACUCCACCAGGCUCCUGGGCAGUCACGUGUGGCGACUGUUCGCAGUGUCUCAUUCGCUGGCUCCGUGCAGAGGACAGAGACAUCCUGGAUGGGCGAAGAUGUGAAGGGUCCGGUGAGAGGUCCGGGCCUGUCCUCUCUGUGCCUGCAGGAGAAAAAAGCUCUGGUCGGUGCGGCCAGUGUGGCGGUGGAAGCCAUCUUGGCCCAGUUCAGUUCUUCUCGGACUGUAGUGCAGAAGUCUCACUCAGUUAACAAGGCUUUGUCAGGAGACAGCACUAUAAAUCCAUCUCUGGGCCGUCUGGUGCUGCAGUGUCUCUGCCCUGCCCUCCACGGCUUACUGACCGAUGGUUUGAAACCUCACCAGAGUGACCUGAUUGCAGGCAGGAGGCCAAAUUCAGCCUGGGGUCUAGUCCAGGCCUCAACCAGGCCAGGUCCUAAAACCCAAGCAUUGUUCAACCUACAAGUUCGUGUUGGAGAGCUACCUCAACUCAGACAGAACAAACACAGAUUCAAUGCAUUUCUGCUUGGUCUACUGAAUACCAAGCAUCUGGAUUUCUGGCUAUCCCACCUCCAGUCUUGCAGCGAUGUGCUAGAGACAUAUUACCGCCCUUCUUCCUUCAUGCAUCUGUCGCUGACCGCCUGCCGGCCUCUGUUCGAAGAGCUGCUCCUGGUGUUGCAGCCUCUCAGCCUGCUGACCUUCAACCUCGACCUGCUCUUCCAGCACCACCACCUAGAGCCAGAUAAUCCCACUCCGGAGAUCCCCAGUCCACCAUGUCAGGAUGCUGGCUUCCAGCGGCCAACAGAGGGGCCCAAAUCCAAAAUCACGAGCUGCAGAUAUAUUGAAAAUCUCUCAGAAGUAGACUUUGGAAGCCAAGAAAACCGGGCAGCCAAUGAAAAAUUGUCAUCACUGAUGAAUCCAAAGAACGGAGUAGUAGGGGCGUCGACAAACAGCACCGCUGCCCCCGACAAGGCUUCGGUCAUUCAGACAAGCCCUCAGCUGCUGUGGGUGCAGGAGAAGGAUAUUGCAGACUUACCUCUACCCGAUGUUGAGGAGGACAGCCUCGUCCAGCAGGCAGGACAGGUGAUGCAGCAGGGAUGGGGAGCGGUGAUGCGCUGGGGAGGCCGGCUGAGCCACAACCUGUCCGAGCUGAACCUGAAGAAGGAGGCGGCAAGGACGGACCUGCAGGCCCGAGCAGGGAGCGACUUUGCCGCGCUGAGCAGUGGCGCUCCGGUUCCCUGGGGUUUUGGGCGGCUUUUUGGAGCCUCUAAAAGCCUCAACAGCCCGCCAGGUCACACGCCGCCAACCAGGCGUCCCUCCCAGUGGCUGGCGCCCGGUGUCACCGCGCUCACACGAAUGGUGAGCAGCAACUCCACUCCGAUAAUAAGGAGGGGCCCAGAGCCCGAGGGAGAAAGUGAGCCAGAGUCCGAGCAGGAGGUUGACACGUUUGAGAUGAAGGACAAACCCAGACCGCUCAGGUCCGUACGAACGCUGUGUGAUCACUCCGGAGCGGGUUCGGAGCUAACCUUCUGCAAAGGGGAGGAACUGGUGGUGUUGGGAGGAGUCGACCAGGACUGGAUUCGCUGUCGUCAGGGAGACAAAGAGGGACUGGUACCUAUUGGCUACACCUCCCUCAUCAUGUGACUUCGGUAUAACUGCUGCACUCAAUCAAUACAAAAAAAAAAGAAUAUAUAUAUAUAUUUUAGGCGAAGAGGUUAACGUGAGGCUUCACUACUCUGAAAGGGAUAUUUCACGCUGUCUCAGUUUGAGUGUGAGUUGAGUGCAUAACACCAUCUGUUCUGCUUUACGUGCAUCAGGAGCAGUCUGCAGCCCUCUCCCUUUAUGAACAUAUGGUAGUUUCUUUUCCCUAUUGCACUGCAUCCAGUUUGGUAGCAUUAAACUAAUGGAUGUUGGCAGGAGGAAUGCAGCAGACGCUGUGAAUUAAUGACUCAAGUCAAACUCAAACCAUUUCAUACCGAAGAAGAAGACCUUUGAUCUUGGAGUGAAGUAUCCCUUUAAAAUGUUCUUUUCUACACGCCUGCCUUCCCUGUCAGCCACUGAUCCGAGAAUGAUCACAAGGCAUCUUCUGCCCAAUCAGCAACUUGCACGUGUGACUGCUUUCAGAUCAGCGGCUGCGUGUCGUGAGUAGGCGACGGUCGGCAACCCGUUAGAAGCCUCUUGGAUGUCUCUCGCUGUCAGCCGCAGAGAGUCCCGGCCCGCGGGUUGUCGGGUGGGGAAAGGAUGUGAGAGUACUGGGCCGUAGCUCCUGUUGCAUACUGCGUAGUAAUGUAGUGAAUUGUAGCUGUGUAGACCUGUGUUCUAUUGACCGUCACCCCUAUUGACCUCUUACCUUCAUCGCCUGGUUCAUGUGUGUUUGACAUGUUAUCAUUAUUGACUGUAUAAAUAUACAUACAAAAUAUAUAUAUAUAUGAGUAUAUACAUGAGAUUGAUAUUACCAAGAUAGAUAGAAAGAUGGAUGAACAAAGAAAGCGGAGAGUAAAACACAAGUGACAGCUUAAGAUCGUGGCCACAUUGUGGAUGAUUAAAAAAAUAAAUGAAUGAAUUCUAAAUCUUUCAAUCCGCUACUUCCCACACACAUUAAGUGGUUGUCAUACAUGCAAAAAUGUAAGUUUCAGUAUGAAAUUUAAUAUCUUCCCUCCUGUUUGCUUCAUGUAAUGCUAUUGUCUUGACAUCAUAUUCAUACAGUCAUUAGACCUUUGCUCAUACCUUCAACACUGUACGCAUUGUAAUGUGCCAUGAAUGCUUUGAAUGAAUGACAGAAAAUAUAGAUCUAAAUAUCCAUCCCUCCCUCACAGUUUCAGAAGAUAUUAUCUGUAUUAUAUUGAUGAAACUGUCUCAAUUUGUCCAAUUUGUCCAAAACCUCAAGGGGCCCUAAACACCACACAAAACUACGCUCAACUCUUGUUCAACAACAUCUGACCUUAAUCGUAAUGACGUGAGAAAAUCCCAGAGGUGUUUAUGAUGUCUUCAUAAACGCUACUGAAGUCCAGAAGGUUUGUUGGCUGGUUCUUCACUUCAUACCUCAGCUGUUGUAUUUAUCUUAACCCUUCCCGCCAUGUUUGCUCAUCAUAAUCAUUGAUAUUAAUGAUAGUGGUAGUGGUGAAAGUGAUACGUUGAUUCUAACCACAUUGCAUUAUGUCAUUUUAUUAUUAGUCAUUCUCUAGAUUGUGUAUAAUAACUAUGCAUAUGGUUAAAUGUACAACUAACAGUCUUUGUUUUGAUUUGAUGUUGACUCAUGAAGCCUAAAACAAGCUUAGAUUGUUAAAGGUAAUAUAAUAAAGAGACAUAUUUUGGCUGGUAUAGAAAGGCUGACACAAAAGGACCUCCAUUUAAUAAAGCAGGAAAGUUUCUUUGCUGUUGAUUAAUCAGGGAAAGCUCCGGUUUCUUCAAAGUUUCCUAGUUUUAUUGUGUCAAUGCCAUGUAGCGUGACAUUACAGUCACUAUGGCAACUGUCCAGUAGCAUUAAUUGAACCAGUGCUCAUAACCUAUGAUCACAAUAAAAAUGGAAAACAGCUGGAUGUUUACAAGAAAUAAUGUCUCAAGAAAGAUGAAAUAUCGGGUCGACACACUGAAUCGUGUUUAUAUUUUUUUGAUUUGUUUACUUGUGAGAUUCUGGUCUAAAUGGAUUUGUUCCAAAGCUGUUAAUUUAUUGGAUGUACAACUUAUUGAUCUUGAGGUUUCCGAAAGGAAAUGCUCUUACUGACCCAUCUAGUGUCUUUCUAUCUAUCUGGGUUGUGUGUGUGUGUGUGUGUGUUUUUUGAGAGAGAGAGCGUGCACAUGGCAGCGUAUUUGGCAGUGGAAGCAGAGAUGAGAUCCAACACUUCGGUGUGUCUGCACAACCCGCACUUUCACUGUGUGCGUGUACGUGUGUGGGGGUGUGCAUGUGUGCACCGCGUGUGCAUUGCGUGUAACAAUGAGAAGUGUGCCUCCCUCUUCUUUCUGUCUCUGGUGUCAUGUAGCCUGUCGACAUCCCUGUGUCCUACUAUUGCAUAUAGUUCAGUGCCCCGCUAGUGUCAGUCACUGUCAAACUCCUGCAUGUGCUUGUUUGUAAAUACACCAAAUAAAAUGAUCAGUAUAAACCAAACCUGGA